GCCGACUCCUCGGCCAAUGGGGAGGCCGAGCGGAUCGUGUGUCACUAUAACAGAGGGACAUAAUCAGCGCGGUAACUUUGCAGAACCUUACAGUCUGUCUUGGCCAGCGGGGAUCUCUCUUCUUUCAGCUUUUCUGAGGUUGCAAAGUCCACUGUCACCAUGUCUGACACUGAGGAAGUUGAUCAGGAAUACGAUGCUGUACAAGAGGAAGUAGUAGAGGAAGUAGAGGUGGCCCCUGAGGCGGCCCCUGAGGCGGCCCCUGAGGCGGCCCCUGAGCCAGAACCAGAGCCAGUGCCAGAACCAGAACCAGAACCAGAACCAGUGGUAGAACCAGAACCAGAGCCAGAGCCAGAACCACAGGCUGAGCUUGACACUGAGUUUGAAGAGGCCGAAGAGGAAGAGGAGAAGCCAAAGUUCAAGCCUAGCGCCCCAAAGAUCCCCGAUGGUGAGAAAGUGGACUUUGAUGACAUCCAGAAGAAACGUCAGAACAAGGAUCUGGUCGAGCUGCAGGGCCUGAUCGAUGCUCACUUUGAGUGCAGGAAGAAGGAGGAGGAGGAGCUGAUCGCGCUCAAGGACAGGAUUGAGAAGCGUCGUGCUGAGAGGGCCGAGCAGCAGAGGAUCCGCUCUGAGAAGGACAAGGAGCGCCAGGCCAGACGUGAGGAGGAAAGGCGGAUCAGGGAGGAGAGUGAUAUGAAGAAGAAGCAGGAUGAGGACGCAAAGAAGAAGUCGGCUCUGACCAGCAUGGGCUCCAACUACAGCAGCCACCUGCAGAAAGCUGACUCGAAGAGAGGAGGAAAGAAGGAGACUGAGAGAGAGAAGAAGAAGAAGAUCCUGGCCGCCAGACGCAAGCAACUCAACAUCGACCAUCUGAGUGAAGACAAGCUGAAGGAUAAGAUCAAUGAGCUGCAUGAAUGGCAGACCGAGCUGGAGUCUGAGAAGUUCGACCACAUGGAGAGACUGAAGAGGCAGAAAUACGAGGUUACAACCCUGCGUAAGAGAGUGGAGGAGCUCAGUAAAUUCAGCAAGAAGGGAGCCGCCGCUCGCCGCAGAAAGUAGAUCGUCUCAGAAUCCAAACUUCGAUCGUCUCGGACACACGCCUGAUGAAACAACGCACACAGUGGCGAAGGUCAUAGCUCAGAAGAAGCCUGUAACGCUGAGGUGGACUUUGCGGUUAUUAACCCACGUCCCGAUACAUGCAACCAGGAGCCUUUAGCUGCUGUUCAAUUGGAAUCAAAAAAUAACUUGUUUCGCCAUCAUGCUUCCUCGCCCUCAGCUGUUUGGUUCUCAGUGUUUUUGUAAAUAAAGUGUGACACUUCAAGCCAUG